ACAAUUUCGUAUAAAACACUCUGAAGAAACAUAAGGCUGCCCAAUAUCAUUCCUCCCCCAUUUCCCCCACCAUGCUCUUCAUUGCCUUCCCUAACAGUAAUUGAUGAGAAUAAGCAACCUUAGAUAUUCCUGAAUUGCACCCAGAACCACAGAAAAUCAAACAAGGAAGAACAGUUAUGGCGCGAAGCAGUAGUAAUAGGAGAAAAAUUGAUAUGGAGAACAAGGCGGGAGCAUUCUUCUUGGCGACUUUAGUGAUGUGGGGUGUCUCGGUUUUCUUCGAAAUUUCUUUCAAUAAGCGAAUUGAGCUUGUUCCAAUUCUUCUGGGCUUCGUUUUCUUCCAACUGGCCAACUGGAUCGUUCGCAAUUUUGUCUCGCGUGAUCCUGUGUUUGUUAACACGUGUGUUUCUCUCCUCCAUUCGUCAAUUACUUCUGCCUCUGUCGUAAUUAUUCUGCUCAAUCAGUGGACAACUAGUGGUCUAAACAAGAUGUUUGAACACUCACAGUUGGUCGAGGUUACUUGGCCAUGGGCAUACCAAGCUUUGUGCUUUUCAUGUGGUUAUUUUGCAUAUGAUCAGUGGGAUAUGUUGCAUUAUCGGCUGUACAGUGGUUGGAUCCCUUCAAUCCUAGUGCAUCAUCUAGUGCUCCUUGUUUGCUUCACUCUAGCAUUAUAUCGGAAAGUCACAAUCAACUAUCUUAUUCUCACUCUCAUUUGUGAGGUAAAAUUGCAAAUUAUCCAUGCAUUUCGUUACCAAGUCCAACUCUCUCUUUGGCAUUUUCUUUUGUAGAUGUUCUCUCAUGCACAGAUAAAUGUAUGCUCAACAAGCAAGGGAUUCAGAGCAUGUUUGGCUAAUCUUAAAAUGUUUACUUAGAAGUAAAUUAAAUAUUUAGUAAAUAAGUAAAUUCUAAUAUGAAUAAUUCUUUUAUUAUUCAAAGUUGGAAUAAGUUACUCUUUUGAUAGUGAGGUAAGAGUCACUUGGGUAAUCUUUUUUUACUGAAAAUUUAGUAAAAAAUGAAGGUGUAUAUUGCUAACGUGCCUUACUUCUUGGAACAUCUGUCUUUGUAUCCCCGAGGAUACGACUUUUUCAGUAGGCAUUGAUUUUGAAGCAAGAACUGUAACUGUAUGCACUUUCAUUUCUUGUUUCUCUCUAAGAUGUUUCAAACAAUUCAGUCACUAGAAACUUUAUGAUUUCAACCAUGUUUGCAGAAGUUCUUGGGUUUAAUGAGACAACAUGACCUGUGUGUAUCAUAUGAACAAUGGUCAAAUAUAAGAAUGCACAAGCACAAUGUAUUAGGAUUUGGAUUUCUUCUUAAAAUGUCAAUCUGGUUAAGAAGGGUAGCUCGAGCCUUUAGGGUCUGUUCGGUAGUGAUUAUGAGAAUUGAUUUUUUGACCGUUAUAGAGAAGAGUGGAUCCUACCUGUGAGUGAAGAAGUCAAAAUUGCGGCUGACCAUGUUAAGUAACAGUCAAAA